AUGGCCGACAUCCCUUUCAUUCCGAUCUUCCCCAUCUGCUUCCAAUGCGGCACUGAUCAGAACCCAUGUCACUGUAAAGUGGUUGGCCCGACACUCGGGUUUUUCACUACCGUUGUGUCAGCGGUCUUCUGCUAUCCACUAUCGAUCUUUUGUGGCUGCGGCUUCACUCAAACUGGAAAGGAUAUGCUGGGAUACCCUGUCAAGUUAAAUCAGAAGAUCAGUAAUGCCAUUCCAUUCUGA